GAGUAAUCAAUUCUCCGUAAUGAACAAUACUUGACCCUAUGAAAAUUGAAACAAGUAGAAAGGGCAUAAAUGACCAACUACCCCAACUUCAUAAUAGUUGACAAGACUAUAUCCCCCUCUACAUCAUCAUACUUAAAUCGUCGCCAUUUCUGAAACUCAAGCUUCUCUUUCUCUUUCUUCUCCUUCUCCUCUCUAUUUCUCUUCACUUACCUUACUUUCGCUCUCCUCCCUCUUAAACUCCCACAAUUCAACCCCUUAAACUGAGAUUUACGACUUUGCUACUAUUCGUGUCCUCAAAUUUUAAAUUACUAUUGUAGAACUAUUCAAGGGGAAGAAGAUCUUUAUACUAUGUAUGGAAUCCUCGUCUCGAUACACGAUGCGUACUCUUGUUAAAUUGUUCACAUGUUGAAGAUCUAAUGUCAAUUUCGGCUUCGUUUAAUUCAUAAUGUAUCAGACAAUGAACCCAGAUAAUUUGGGUUCAAGUAGCAUUAGAAAAUCAAAUACAAACAAUUUCAAAUCAAGUAAAGAAGAUCAUCAAAACGGCGGCGGCGAAAACGGAAGAAUAGCAAAUAAUGGUACUCAGGUUGUGACGACGACGACAACAUCAACUAGUAACAGUUUGGAAGGAAAUGGAGUAAUACACAAAUCUCCUCCAAAAACAAAUCAACAAAAUGAAAGCAAUCACCACCACACCAACCACCAUCACCACUCUGCCGCAUCGAGCUCUUCAGCGGUUAAUCCGAGCCAUGAAAGCAGCCCAAGCCGAAGCAACGCCUGCCUCGGCGGAGGCGGAAGUAGUGGUGAUAUGCUGCUACAAUGGGGUCAGAAUAAAAGAUCGAGGUGUUCAAGGACAGAAAGUCGGUCCAUGGUUAGUGAUGUAUUGGACAAACAUCAUAUUAGUAAUAAUAAUCAUGUAAUGCCACCUCCUCAUCCAAAUUCAAAUCCAACUCCGCCGUCUUUGCCGUCCACUUCUACUAGUAAUGGUAGUAGAAGUGGUGGUUCUACCAGAGUUCGACAACAAGGAUUACUCUAUAACAAAGAUACCCCUUUCUCUACCAAAAAUAGGAACUUGGUUGAUCAAAUGGGUACACAUAGCGCGUCGCCGUCCAGGAAUGGCGGUGGUAGUAGCCGUCCGAUUUCUAGAUCUACUGUGGGGAAGCGAUCCCCAUCUUGUACCGAGAAGAAUGAUAAGAAGGUAUCAUCUUCUGGGGCAAUUAGGAAAGUGAAAUCAGAUGAUUCAUUAGCGCCCCAUACAAGCAAUGGAAAUCAUCAUGUUGAAUUAGCUCAUGUAGACCAUGAGCACGGUGGUGGGGGUGCCGCCUCGAUGACCCGAUCCCCGGUGGCGGACACCGAAAAAGGAGGUAAUGAAGUGGUUGAAUGGCCAAGGAUUUACCUAUCACUUUCAAGAAAGGAAAAGGAAGAUGAUUUUUAUGCAAUGAAGGGUACUAAACUACCUCAUAGACCCAAAAAGAGGGCUAAGGCUGUUGAUAGAGCCCUUCAGUAUUGUUUUCCAGGUCUUUGGCUUUCUGAUUUGACGAGGGCAAGAUAUGAAGUUAGAGAAAGAAAGAGUGCCAAGAAGCCAAAACGACGGGGAUUGAAAGGACUAGAGACCAUGGAAAGUGAAUCAGAGUAGAAUGCAAGACGAAAGCUACCUCAACGACCGCCCUUUUUGAAGAAACUAUUGCCCCCAGCAACCACAUGCUCUCUAAUAUAUUUUGAGAACUAUAGCUUUUGCAUCUUUCAAGCACGAGCUUUGUUCUUCAGUUUUCCUUUUGAUGGGGGAGGGUGGCGUCUAGUAUUUUGUAUUUCUUGACAAGGUCUAGCAUUACCGCGAGUAAAGUUUCAUCUCGAGGAUAAAUAUAUUGAAAAGAAUGUAGGGGGUUUUAGGGGCAACCCAGCUUGUUGUAAUGGUAAAUUUGAAUAUGGAUGAGAAGGAAAAUAUCAAAUAUGUGCAUUCUUUGUUGAUC